GCGCAUGCCCGCCUUUCUGCUUCGUCCCACUUGUUCUCUCCCUCCUUCACUUAACACACUCUUUUCUCUGCGCUUAUCUCAAUCCGCGCUUUCGUUUCAAUUUUUUACUUCAAUCCUGUCUGCAGGGCACGAUGAGACUCUCAUUUGAUUUUUCUCACUCGGCUUGGUCCAGAUUUUUCACACAUCCAGGCUCCAAACUACUCUCGUUGCCGGAGGAAAUUCUCGUUGACGAGAUUUUUUCUUGGUUGUCCGUACGCGAUAUAGUUCGUCUCAGGCAGGUGUGCAAAGCGCUUGCUGUGCUCACGAAGAAACCCGUUAUAUGGAAGCGCUUCCUCCCGUACAUUUCGCAACUGCAGCAACCCCUUGCUCCACUUCCGCCAACGUACAUGUACGGUCUCGAACAACUUACUGGUCAUGAGAUGGAAUCAGUUGUUUCGCGCGCUAUCACCUAUGACAAGACGUGGAAGCAGCAUAAAAUCGAAUAUCAAGACACCUGCGAGGUAUUCGCGCAUCAGCACGUCGAGGAAGUGGUGCUUCUACCAGGUGGACAUUAUCUCGUAAUGUCUGUGAAGUCGUUUGAUGGACAAUAUGGACUGGCUAUCUGGUCACUCGGACAUAGAGCUACACAGAGGCCAGCACCAGUCCUCUUCCGCCGUACGGAAGUCAGGGCGUAUGGUCUUACAGCAAAAUACAUGAACCUUGGUCCUUUUCAUGGUAUCGUGGUCGCAUUUUUACGCAAACGACAUAAAUACGAUAAUGACUCAAGGUAUAUCCCAGAAACGUUUGAGUUAGGGGGUAAAGAAGACCAAGAGGAUCCUUUCAUGCCUCUCAAGUAUGAAUGCACAGCCCUAUUUGUCCCCGUAAUGCUUCUCGACAUUUUCAAUGAUCGCAAAGCGCGACCCAUGACGGACGAAUACGCAGAGAGAGUUAAAUUGGUCGCCUCAAAAAUUGUUGCCACACAUGCCAUACCUGAAGGCUUGGCCCUUGAUAUUUGGACCGACGUAGGACGUGUUCGGACCGGAGCGCAGUUAGGCGUGGUCAGCCUCGACGUUAUCCAAGACGUACCUGUCAUGUGUGUCGUAAAACGACCAAACAAAAUUGUCAUUCAGCCUUUGGGAAAUCUUGUUGACAACCGUUCGGUUUUAGAAUGUCUCCCCAUUCCGCAAUAUGGCGAGACUCAUCACUCUAUCUGGAACUUCCGCGUACUUCCAGACCAAAGUCGAAUUCUCGUGGUUCGCAACAUUACAAAGAAUGACGCGGUUGAGAUGGAGUCCGACCAUCUCGUCUUUGAGACAUAUGGAAUUCCGGAUUUCGGAGAAACACUACAACUUGACGCCUGGGGUAGGAACACGCUGACAUUGGGUCGCUAUCUAAAUGUCCAGAUAUCCGAAGUGCAGCGAACAGUCCCUCCGGACUAUGACGAUUCUAUUACGCCGAACCUCACAAGGGGCCGCUAUCCCCAACCCUUGUCAAUUUACCUUCGUACAGCGAAAGGUAUGGCUCAUCAUAGCCUGUGGCCCGUUGAGAAAACGGCCCAGCAGAUGUUUUUAUAUCCAACUCCAGAGCAGGAAAGAUCCCGACACUUCAUCUACUCCUUUGAGAGAACCAGGCACUACUUCAUCGGCGACGCGAUUGACGAUACUUUCGGCGAAGAGAUGGAUUACGAAAGUGAAGAUACUGAGGACAGAAACGGAACUCGCAAGUCACCACCGCGAAGACGUAAAGAUGACGCACUGCGUAUCCUGCCUGGUGCUCGACGUGCAUUCGUUUAUGCCAUUCCACGGAAUUAUCGAUCGACAGAACCGCCGGUCACUGCAUGCUGGGGGUUCCAGUAUAAUAGGAAGGACUAUACGAAGUUUCUCGACGAACCGCCCAUGACGAAUGCCGAAUUUGUGGACACUUGGCCAGAGCUUGAAACACCUGAGUCUUCGCAAGAGAUGCCCAUCCCAGAAGAUACUGACAAUCCAUACCAUCCGAGUCUGGACAUUCCUCCUGCAGCCAUGGAAAGAGAAACGAUGCUUGGACCCAUGAAGCUUCCACUCGACCUUCAAGCUAAGCUUCCCUUGGGUCUGUCUGCUGUCUGCUUUGACGAAGACACUGGACGUACCGUAUUCGCAACGAAGGCAGAUAACCAUCUGCAUAUCGUCGAUUUUGCUCACUCUCGUCCGCAAGAUGCUGAUGACGCUAUGCAUAAUAAAGAGAUGGACGAACGUUUGAAGAACGUGAAAACUCCCUGGGAUUGUUUCGCAUCGUCCAAGAAUACUCGCAAUUAAAUUUACACUUUGGUUUUAUAUCACAUAACCUGUACUCACAUCUCACCCUCCCUUGUCUCAAUAGUCUUUUUCAUGGACCAUCAUUCUUGUCUCCUUU